CACUCCCACCGCUCCAAACUGUGUGAAGAAAAUAUGCGCAUCUGAAUCACGGGCAGACAAGCUUCAUGCUAUUGGUUCCCCGGGGAUUUACCUGGAAAUGGGAGUGCCCAUCAUCAUCAUCCUCGUCGAGAUGAGUUGUUCCUUCUUCUGAUCCCUUGUAGAGUCCGUUGAAGAAUUCGAUUGGGAAUAACUGAAUCAACGUUCCCAGGACUCCAAGCAUGGAGCCUAUAACGUCGUGGAGCAAGGAGAGAGUAAGCGACUGGCUCAAAGGUCUGGAUGUCCCUCUCCAGCAGUACCCCUUCACAGAGUGGCAGGUGACUGGUUUGGAACUGCUGCAGCUCUCCUCCCAGGACCUGGAGCGUCUGGGCGUCCAUAAGAUUGGCCACCAGGAGCUCAUCCUCGAGGCCGUGGAGAAGCUCUGCUCCCUGACAUACGGUAUGGGUGGAGAGAGCCUGCGCUGCCUGACAGAGAAGCUGCGCAUUGUGGUCCACUCCCUGACCAUGGGCAUCCAGGUCCGCUGGAGGGUGAACCCCUACGACGGGCAGACUGCCACCAGGCUGCCGGCCAGCGUGCUGCAGGUGGUGCUGGAGCUCAUCACCUCCGCCAAGGGCCUCUUCUCUCUGCUCAACAGGUACCAGUUUACCCAGCUGAGUGCUUACACGACCAGUAGGAACAUCAUCACCCACUGUAAAGAGCUGGGGACCACAGUACACAAGGAUUCAACAGUUUACGAGAAAGAAAAGGACAUCAUCUCCAUCUGUCGUCAGUUGGAGGCAGUGUGCGACGAGAUCCUGAACUGCAGUCCAGAGGCGCUCCUUUCCCACACUGCCCAGUUGGAGAGUGUUGACCUGGUGCCUGCCUCCCCCGGCGACCACCUGGGCAUUGAGAUCACGUCCACUGGCUCCAGUAAUCACUACAUCACAGGCACCACCGCAGAGUCACCCGCUGAGUUCUGUGAGAAGAUACUGGCUGGAGACGAAGUGAUCCAAGUCAAUGACCAGAUUGUGGUUGGCUGGAGCAGGAAGAACCUUGUGAAGAAACUGAAGGAGAACCCCAGUGGGGUGACGCUGGUCCUCAAGAAGGUUCCCGUGUCACUGAUAAGCAAAGAGACAGCCCAACAGCCCCCCUCGCCACAGAAAGAGGAAGAGGAGGAGGAGGAGGAAGAAGAAGAGGGAAACCAGAAACACUCCAUAUUUGAGAGAGUAGCAGCCUCAGUCAGGUCUCUGUCAUUCAGGGCUGCAGUUCAAGGGCCAGUGGAUAUCCAGCCUAUGGGCCAGGAGAAGUCGGAUCUGUCCAGCGACAGGGGAUUGGACGGCAGCCUGACAUACACCUUAUGUCCCAGGGGGUCCCAGGGGGACCUCUCAUACCUGUCAUCAGGAGAAGCCGAGGGUUUGGAGGGGUCCAGGCUCAGCCCCGGGCCGAACGGAAAGGGCUCUGCACCCUCCAGAAGUCCGUCCCCCCGGGUAAUAGAACUAGGCAGAGAGAGUAUCAGUUCCAUCAGUUCCUGUCCUGAGAUGGGCGGACACACGGAGGAUAAAGAACAAAAAAAGGCGUCUACAAAAGGCACGCGUAAAGUGAUGAGCAGGCGGCGUGUGUCGUGUCGUGAGCUGUGUCGGCCCGAGUGUGACGGCUGGCUGUGGAAGAAGAGGAAGGAGAGCAGUGUGUUCAUGACCCAGAAGUGGCAGCGCUUCUGGUUCGUCCUCAAGGGCCCCUCUCUCUAUUGGUACACCAGUCAGCAGGAGGAGAAAGCGGAGGGCCUGGUUAAGAUCUCCAGCUACAACAUAGAGGGUGCAGGAGAACACAAGAGGAAGUAUGUCUUCCAAAUGUGCCACCAGCGCUUCCAGACUUUCUUCUUCGCCGCCGAGAACGUCAAUGACAUGACCAAGUGGAUCAACUGUCUGAUUUCAGCCAUCCAAAAACACAAGAAGUUCCACAAAGGGCCACCGGACAGCGAAGAGGAUUGUUACAGUGAGACCGAGUCAGAAGAUGAGGGGUCUUCUCCUUCUCCACACAGAAACAAGAUCUACACGGCCAUCAUCGUACCGAAAACCCUGUCUAACACACUGCCUCGGGCCAGGAAGGGCAAGGACAAGGGCAAGGACAAAGAGAAGAAGGACAAGAUGCACGUUCCUGGUCCAUCCACAGGGCGCAGCAGAAGCCCAGGAGCUCCGGAGGAUGAGAUGGGCGUGCUGUUCCACCGGCUGAAUGAGGGUGGCGUGUCCCUGAUUGGCAGCGACAAGCUCACAACUCACGACCACUUCCGCAAGUCUUUCAUCCGGCGCAACAAGAACCCGGUCAUCAACGAGAAGGCCCACACGCUCCGCGUGCUGCAGAGCACCCUCAAGGAUAAAGAGGCGGAGCUCCAACUCAUUAACAAGGUUCUGGAGGACUCUGAUCUGACGUCGCAAAAGUACCGCCAUUGGAAAGAACAUAACGAAGACCUUCACCUGGUGAUCGAGAAACUGGCUGUCCAACGGGCUAAAGCUGUAGCCACGGCAAGGGUGGGGCAUAAAGAGGACCAGGACACACCCCCCGAACCGUCGCCCGGGAAGCAGGUCGCUGUGGAGACGGGGGGGUGUGUGUGUGGACUGAGCCUUAGUGACGGGGAGAUGCUGGUGGAUGCGGAGCCGUUGUUGUCAGGCCCGGUGAAGAAUGUGGGUGACUUGGAUGUAGAGCCACAGUCCGAACAGUCAUCGACUGCUGAGAGCAGCACAGACCAGCAGAGCAGCAACACAGCCGACAUAGCUAGUCAAGCUAGCCCAGAUAAUUACUUCUACAUAUGAGACACCAAUGGACUGAUCUGAUGAUGGUUUUUCUAGUUUCCAUCAAUGAUUAUUAUAAGGGCCUGGUGUUUUUCCCAACCAUAUGACCUAUGUGUGGCCCCUCAGGAUUUUUGCUUGGUUUUUGUUGAUAGGAAAGACGGGCUUUGUCUAUCCAAACCUGAAUUCGGUAUUCAUAUAACAAAAAACGAACAAUUUUGCCAAGUAUCACUCUAUUGAUAGAUAUAUAUAUAUAUAUAUAUAUACUGUAUUCAUGGGAUAUUAUGGGCUGUCUUAGUUUUCUAUUAUUGCAGAUUUUAAAGGAGAUUUUACAGGUAAAUGAUAUCUAUGUGCUUUAUGCCUGUUAUGUACAUAGAAUUUUAAAUGUCAUGUAACAAGAUGUAUUGGCGUUUUUAAACUUAGAUUGUAUGUAUUUUUGCACAGAAUAAGGUCCGAUCUUGCCACAUUAUGAAAAUUGUUAUUAUAGAUCAAAGACAAUUAUUCAUUUUAAUCUGAGGUUAACAUUGAAGACUGUUCCAAGAUGUGUUCCCAAGUGUGUGUGCGCGUACGUGCUUGUGUUUGUCCAAUGCAUCUUGAAUACACUGAUGGUA